AUGGGGUCCCUCCUCCACCGAGCUGUGAGCUCGGCGCCAGAGAUUGAUAGGAUGUUCGAGGCCACACAACGGAAUCUAUUUACCAAGCGCGUCUUGGAAACAUACGUUCCAAAUGUGAAGAUAAGACUUCCAACCUACGAUGGGACGAAGGAUCCGAUGCAGCACUUCACCUCGUUCAUGGCUACUGUAUCCAAGGCCAGAUUCACCAAGGAGCAGAAGGACGCCGAAUGCAACGUCUCCAGUGCCGAACUGUGGGAGAUAGUCCAAGAGCCCGGCGAACCUCUGCGACAAUACCUCACCCAAUUCAAGGAAAAGUACGCCACCGUAACAGUCGCUGAGGACGUCGCGAUCGCCGCCUUAAAAAAAGGACUCAUUCCCGGCUCCAGACUGCAUGUGGAUCUCAAUAUCCGAGAAGCCAAGGACCUGGAUGAAGCCCUUCAUCGGGGGUCUCGUGUUGCUUACGUCGAAGAGGACGAGGAGAAACGGGCCACCAAGCCCCCUCCUCCACGCCCAGCUGCGUCAAAAGAAAAAAGCCGAGAAACCUAUCAGGAGCCCCAGAAGCAUCACGACCCAAGAGAUCCCAAGCGCGGAGUGGUCAAUGCAAUAUCCGAGGAUGAAGGACAGAGUGCCGUCUCCCCCGACACACAGGAGGAACUCUACUGCAAUUUCCAUAUGUUUGGCGGCCAUUCGACGGCCGAAUGCAAGCACCUGUCCAGUUACUUAUUUGAGAAGUACCUAUCCGGCGAAAAAAAAGCUCCACCUCCCGUCGAGCAGCAAAAUCCGGCGCCAGUGGAGGUCCUUCCAACACCGUCCAAGCAGAGCAAACAAGCAGCACCUCCGGGUCAUAUCUCUAUGAUCAUUGGUCAGACCGAUGAAUGCACGGAUUCUGUCCGAGCUCUGAAAAAGCGAGCGCGCCAGAUUUGUAACGUUCAGGUGAUUUCCGAAGAGGAGGCGCUAAGCAGUGAUCCCAUCACAUUCACAACAGAAGACGCCAAGGGGAUCCAUCACCCUCAUAACAACCCCCUAGUCGUAGAAGUCAUGAUGGGCGAGUUCGAUGUAGAACGAGUCUUAGUGGAUACUGGCAGCACGGUUAACGUUCUGUUCGUACAGACGUUGGAAAAAAUAGGUGUCAUACCGAAGCAAAUCAAACCAGGAGCCAGAACGCUGACUGGGUAUGAUGGCGUAGCCAAAACAUCGAUGGGCGACGUGAAGUUGCAAGUCCAAACUGGUGGCGUAACACGUAAAACCAAGUUCGUGGUCAUAGACGCCCCACCAAUCUACAACGCCAUCUUAGCUUCACCUUGGAUCUACUCGAUGCAGGCAAUCUUUUCCACCUAUCAUCUCUGCGUUAAGUUCCCAACGGUUGCGGGAAUUUAUACGUUAUACGGCGAUCAAAAGAUGGCCAGGACCUGUUCCGUUCUUGAGAAAAAGCAAAGGCGGAAGGACGACACGUAG